AUGCGAGACGAACGCGAGGUCGCGCCUAGAAAAAAGCGACAUGUUUGCGAGUUCGUGAAUGUACCGCCAACGACCGCGCGUUUAUCUCGGCAGAUAUUCUUAGUGGUGUUGCAACGAAGCUCCCGUGCGGUUCAGGCGGAAAAAAAACGUCGUCCGCUCAUCUACUGUCUCUUUGCAGACCUCGGAAUGAAGCUGCUGGCCAUCUCUUUGGCUCUCGCCCUCGCCGUCGGCGUCAGCGCCAAACCGGUAAGUUUCUUCUUGAAAGUCAAAAAUAUUGGCCGAAAAACUUCAUCUAACUAGGGAACGUUUUUUACCUCCCAGUUGAACUUUUGAUGAAACUUUGAGAGUGGACUGGAAUUUUAAAGCUUCAUAAAUUGAAAACAAGAUCUAUUGAGAGAAGGUUUUCUUGUUCUGAAUCAGGAGUGCCUAAAGUACACUUCAAGUGCUCUGAAAAAAAAAAACUCCAUCCACAGCUAGCUUGUGACAAAUGUUUGACUAAAACCGACUAGUAAGUUUUUUUUUUCAGAAUCCUUUUCCCAAGCCCUACACCGUCCAGAUUAUUCUGAAGGACGACUUUGAAACAGGAACCCGAGAUAAGGUAUUAUUUGACAUUGCUUACACAAUCACUGGUUACUUUUUUCAGCCCUACGCGAAGGAGCCGAGAGUCCCCGAGAUCCUUCAGAAUGACGUCGCCAAUGACGAGGUAUCAUUGAAUAUUAUUUUUUCACAAUAAUUUAGUUAUUUUUUUAGUCGAAGGCUGAAAAGGCCCCUCUUCAUAGGAUCUACAAAAAGGCCGGAGUGGAGUACAAAAACCGAAGAGGAGGUAAUAUUUCCAAAUUUCUUUUUGGUUUGAAAUGUGAACGUAGGAAGAUCUUAAAACUAAAAUUCGAAAAAAAGUUUUCAUUGAAAAACUCUUAACAAUAAGGAUCACUUCAUUUUGUAGUUCGAAAUACUCUGUUAACCCGUCAAAUAAUUUUCUUGAAGAUCAAAUAAAUAAAAUGAAAUCUCAUCUCGCAAAAUUUCAAAAAUUUUCACGUAGCAGAAAUUUAAUUUCGGAAACAGCUUUUCCGAAGGAUUUUUAUGAUUUUCUAUGCCAGGCGUUUUUUUUCUCAGAAACUGAAAGGUUUCUCUAACUUGACCAUACUUACUUCAAAUAAAAAAAUGCUUUUGAUCUUGGCUGAAAAAAAUUUCAGAAUUUCCAGUCUUUCGUCAACUUUCAUGCCCCAUUUUUUUUCUUCAAUUAUUUUUUUCAGUUUCCUACCGUCGAAUGGAAAGACCGACAAGCCAAAAAAAGGGCGAUGAAGACAAAGCCGAAGAGAAGGUUAACUUUAUUUUGAUAUGAAGUUCAAUAUUCAGUAAAUGAUAAUAUUUGUUCAAAGCAAAAACAUCAAAAAAAUAUUCCGAAAAACCUUGUUCACAAGUGAAAAAUUGAGUAAAAUCAACAAAAAAACUCGCCAAAAUGUGGACCAAUAAUGUCUGAAAAACAUGUUUAAAAAAAUCAGAACAUACCUAAGAAAAAAAGAAUUAUGUUUCCAAUAUUUCAUUUUUUUCAUCUAUUUUCAGAUUUGUAGACAAACUGGUAAAUUUCAGAAAAAUGAAAAAAAUAAUAUAAAACGGAAAUGGCAAUAUUUAAUGAAUUUAUUCAUGUUCAAAUCAAAAAUAGUCUUAAUUUAAGCUUCCGGCGAAGCAGCCAUGUGACGGCCUCAAGCUUUGCGGCGAACCGAGUGAGUGAAAAAAAAAACUGACCAAAAAAUAAAAAAUGAGGUUCAGGUUCAACCGAAAGUCCCCUGAAAAUGGGCAAGGAGAAGGAAAAUGCCAAGCAAGGAAAGAAGCUUGAAGAAAAAUUCGUGAGUUUCAAUUCCUUACCCUAAAACUUUAAUAGAAAAUUAUAGGACGACCUUGCGAGAAAAGUUCGCAGUCGUCUUCUUGAAUUUUUUGCUAAAGGCAAAAAGGUAUUAUUUAACCCGCACCCCAUCCUUAAAACAUUAAGACCACUUAUAUGGUUCACUUAGGAGAUUUUCCUAAGCCCCAAAUAGUUUUCAAACGCAAUUUUAAUCUUUUUAGGCCGCUUGAAUUUUUUUUCAUGGAAUCAGAAAAACUUUUUUCGCACUUGUUGUAAAAAAUUUCUUUUUAACUUCAACUUUUUAGCAUACUUGUCGAGACGCUUGUUUUUGUAUCUUCAUUUUUUUUGUAAACUUGCUUGAUAAAAUGUAUUUGGUGGAUGUAUCCGUCUUUUGUUGCACGAAAUAAAAGGAUUCUCAAAAAUUUUCUUUAUUUGAAAAUGAAAAGUCAGAAGCAAAAAGUCAAGAUAAUACCCAUAAAAUGGAUUGAAGCACAACCAUAUUCUCCAAAAUCAGUUUUUAAGGAACCACUUCUUCAAGUUCAAAUAUUGUCCGCGAAACAUAAGAAAAUACAUUUAUCAUUAUCAUUAGUUAUUCAAAAAUCGAAGUGCCCACAAAAUUUAAGAUCUCCUAGUUAAAUCAACUGAAAAAUCGAGGUCUCAGCCUGCUGCUGAGGCGAAAAACUACGGAAAAAGUUUUCGGUGCACCUGUUGUCGCAUGAAAAUUACACAAAGAGCUGGUCGAACACAAAAUUAAUCAGCGUUCGAGUCAUACCGUCGGCGUCAAUGAAAAAAAACUGAGGGGCUGGCCGCACACAGUUGCUCCAUUGCGUAGGCACCAACUUCACGCCCGCUUGAGCCCUGCCAGCAGGACUUUCUUCAAAAACUCGUGAACCGAAAUGAAGCUCGCUGUGGUCUUUUUCGCUCUCGCCCUCGCCAUCCUCGUCACCGCCAAGCCGGUUGGGUUUUUAAUCGAAAAUUAUGAUUUUUUGAUUAAAAAUUUCAACGCAACUCGAAUUUUGUAUUUUCCCUUCACCGACAGUUUGAAACUCAAAACAAAACGUUUUACAGAAGCCUCUAGUAACAAAAAAAUUGUCAUUUUUUUAUAUUUCAUAAACUUGAAGUAAUCUGUUCAAACUAUCUUUAGGCUUGAAAAAAAUCAUACUAACUGACUUUUUUUAUAAUUUUCUAUCCAUCUUUUUUUCGACUAAAAAAAUGAUAUAAUCAGAUUUUUUUCCUUUUCCGUCAACCUUCUGAGAGGAAACCAAAAAUAUGUUCCUAGAAAAUAGUUCAGCCUAAAGCGGUGGAGAAAAAUCCUAAAAAGAGAGACAAUAAACAAGUUUUCAAAAAAAGAUUAUACAAAAAAAGUAGAGUUUUAUCCUACUGCUGUAUAUUCAAUUGACAUUAUAUGGUCUUUUUCUGGUUCUCUUGGUUAAAUGAACAUUAGGAGUUGAGAGAAUAAUGUACAUCCUUUGUCGAUUAAAAAAAUCAAGUUUUUGAAGCGUAUAAACCAUUGAAAAAAAGGGAACCUAAGAGAAAAUGAAUGAAAAAAAUUGAGCUCAGUUCGAUGAAAUCCAAAAAUAUCAAAAUUAUAGUUUUUUUUCAUUGCAGAUACCGGAGAAGAAACUAGGAAUGUGUGGCGUUAAAGGGUUUCAUUGUGGAACGCCCAGUGAGUGAAUUUGGAAAUUACAUAAUUUUAAAAAUGAUUCAAUAUUCAGCCCAAGAUGACAUCGAUCGAUACGUCGCGUUGGGCAAUGAUAUCGCCAGCAAGACCAGGAAACCGGGAAGAGUUUGGGUAGGCUUUCCAUCCGAGAAUAAAUCGAAAUCCCACAUGAAUUAUAGGAGGAUUCGAAAAAAAUUUUCAAAAAGCUUUCCGCCCCGUUCAUCGAGCAAGUCGAAAACUUCUUCGACAAUCCAAAGCCCGGCCAGAACUAUGUGAGUCUCCAAAAAAUUAAAUACACUAUUCAAAGUUUUAGAUGACAAUCAAAAUCAGAUUCCAAAAGAGACUUGGAGAGCUUCUCAUCGGAACCAAAAACUUUUUCACCGGCCUGUUUCAGAGUCGCCCCCGUUCAACUUGA